AUGUUACGUACAGCAAAACCGACUGGAUGUCGUACGAUCGAUAUGAAAAUGGAAAUUGAAGAAUAUCUUAGUAGUAGUGCUAUUCCUUACUCGGCCUUGCGGACAGGCACUUACAUGGAUGACUUCACCGGCACUCAGCUCGAAUCUAUGCCAAAUGGUAGGUAUGCACCAAUAAUUUCAGAUCGUGCACGGUUGUGCUUAACUGAUCCACGUGACAUUUCACAAGUUACUAUUGCUUUACUCGAUCGUCCACUCAGUGAUCAUGUCGAUAUAAUCGAUCCUACUGUCUACACUAUAAAUGAUAUUCAAGCAUGUUUUCAACGUGCCUUCAGACCUAAUUCAACAGUCAGACUCUUUCUACCAGCAAGACUGGUUAACUGGGCUCUAGUUCCGAUAAAGAUCUUGAAUUUGUUGGUGACUCACAAUUAA